AAUUGACACUCCUUUCAACUGUGACACCUUUUUGGGACAGCAAUUUGAGUCUAACUGCAAAUUACUCAGGCCACAAUGUCAGAGAAACCAAAAUCACCCACUGUAAAUGCACAAAACCCAGAUGCCACCAGAGAACAAUUCACUGCGGCAGUAGAUGAGCUGUUAGAUCAACUGCAACACAAGUUCGAUGCCGUAUCGAGGGAGAUGUUCACGAAAUUUGACGACAUGGCAAGACGGUUAGACGAGUUAGAAGCUUCUUUGAUGAUAUCUGGAGAUGCGGCAACGCCGACGACGACAGCAUCCACCCCUACGACUACGACGAAAUAGAUAAUCGAGGGUCUUUUGUUAUUAUUGCUUUGAAUCGUUCGAUACCAAAAUCCCAUACGGGAUAAUCCUGCAUUUGCCUCGACGUCGAGAUGUUCUAAUAAAUGCCGGAGUUUAUGGGGAUUUUUCUGGUUCUUGAGCGUUGAUCUCGGGGUUCUGCGUUGAAAUAUGGGAAAUAUGGCCGACUUUUUUUCACGGCUACUACGCGGAUACAUGCGUUCGUCUUGAUUAUUUUCUUUUCUCUCUGCAAAUCUUCACAAGAUACCCAACUACGCAGGCAUGAAACAUGGAU